AUGCCGCAAGAUAGUACUCGCAAGCCGCUCGACCCGCGUUCUGCGACGUUCACCCCUGGCCGGUCUAUGAGCGCUAAUCUUGACACCGUCCAUGAUGCGACCACUCAUGGCACAAAUGUCGAUGAACUGACCAAGAUUCCGGACGCCCCGGUUCCUGCUUACUAUGUACCCGGUCAAGUCGUCUACGUAACCGCUCCCUAUCUCUGCGUGGAGCGUGCCGAUGGGCCCAGCCUCAAGCCUCUUUACAAUAACAUGCCGCUGCCCAAGAACGUAUCCGGUAAUCGUCCGGGCUCGAGCGGCAUAGGCUCUGAUCAAAAGCCCCAUGUGCGCAGUGUCGGCGCGCCUCUGGGUUCCCGUGAGAAUAGUCAGCCUUCAGCCUUUAUGCGCGCGGCAACUGGACCGGUCUCGAACCCCUGGGACCCCCAUUGGCCGUCGCAAAGCUACCAGCAGCACGGAAAGCAGCCCGAGGAACGGCCUCGCACUCCUGAAGGGGUAACUUUCGAGGAUGACCAUGUGUUCCUUCGUGGCUCUAACCUGGAGAACAGCGACCACUAA